CCUCUUGGGUGAUAUUACUCGGCAGUAUAUAAUAGACACCAUUAGUUCAAAAUUUCAGUUUGUUUUUCGAUCUGAAGCUACAAAGUUUACUUAUCACAAUGUUCGCUAAAGCAUUCAUAAUCGCGUCAUUCUGCGUGGCUGCUUCACUUCAAUGGUCGCAAUUCAAAUCUUGUGGGAAUGACCAUUCAAAAGAUCCUCACCGUUUAAUAAUAGACGGUUGCACCACUUUUCCGUGUAUAAUUUACACAGGAUACGAUGUAGCUGCACAAUGGGACUUUAUAGCAACCACCGAAACUUCUGUGCUGAUACCACAAGCUGAAUUUUCAAUAGCUGGAUUUUUUUAUGUGACAUAUCCACUGGGUAUCGACGACGGAUGUCCAGAUCUUGUCAGUGAAAGACAAUGUCCUUUGAAAGCAGGAGACCAAGCAACCUACACCCUUCGUAUGGGUGUUCCACCAGGAACCCCAUCAGGUGUGAAGGUAUGGGUUAAAUUCUCACUAAAGGAUGAAAAUUAUAAUACUUACAGUUGUUUCGAAGUCGAAUUCAAAACUGUGUAAGAUUUAUAAAGUCUUGAUAAAAAUAUUUGUAUCCGUAUUAUAAAUUCAAUUAAAAAAAUUUGUGUAAAUGAUUGAUAUUUUUUUUAAACAAAAUAUAUACUUGAAUAUCGCAUAAAAAUUAUUGUAUUUUUUUAAAAAUAACUAUAGAAAAUUCCUGAUUUGUAUUCUCAGUGUAAUAUUACAAAAAAUGUUUAAUAUUA